AUGGGCCGCGCUCCGGCCUACAUCUUCGUCGUAAGACACGGAAACCGACUUGACGCCGCCAAUAAGCAGUGGCACCUCCAGUCACCCACUCCAUACGACCCACCCCUGACAUACAGCGGAUGGAACCAGACAAGGGCAGUCGGACAGAAGAUUGGCGAGAUCUUGCGGGACGGUGAUAAGGAGAGGGAAAAGGAACAGCAAGGCGACUCACCUGCCACCAACGGCUCCCCAAGGAAACGUCGAAAGUACAAGAUCGUCAUCCACAGUUCGCCUUUCCUACGUUGCAUCCAGACAUCGAUAGGUAUCAGCGCCGGUCUAGCCUCCAUCCCUGAGCCUCCUCCUCCCUCAGUCACUCGAUCAUCCUCCACACACUCCGUUACAAACCCUCGUCUCCGAGCAACCGUCCAGCCCGAUGUCUCUGUCCCGCCGCCGACUCCUCCCACCGGCUCGCGUCCCAACUCGAGAUCGAAGCCCGUUAUUCAAAAGACUGUCCUGCGGCUUGAUGCAUUCCUGGGAGAAUGGCUUACCCCGGGUUAUUUUGAGCUCAUCACUCCGCCGCCUGGCUCGGGUCUGAUGCUUGCCAGCGCAAAGGCGGAGCUGCUGCGGAAGGAAGACUAUAAUAGUUAUCCCAACCUUUACGCGCACCACUCUCCACAUAAUUCGUCAUCUGGACCCGGGACUGGUCUGAUGUGGGGCCAGUCUCCAACUGUCGCGGCGGCGGAGAAUGGCCUCGAGAACGUAGGCAGCCUCGCUGAGGCAAUGAGACGCGCCGGCAGGAGUGACAGUGUGACGAGCAAUGGAGAGUCCCACCUGAUCACUGGUGGUGCCUAUGUUGCCCCUGUGCCCUCGUAUGCGCUUUCGCACAAUGCGGAGAUCCCCAGGGGUUAUGUUCCACAUGCCAGAGACAACUGCUGCGAUGUGGACUACCAGUGGGACUCGAUGCGGGGGACAUUGGACUGGGGUGACGGAGGCUCGUACGGCGAAGAGUGGACCGCGAUGCACCAGAGAUUCCGCAAGGGCUUGCAGAGCUUGGUCGACUGGUACGCUACACAGGAGCACCCAGCGGAUAUGGUGACCAAGGAGAGGCGGGAUAGCGUUACGGCCAGCGAUGAUGCUAUUGACGAGGAUGAAGAUGUCGAGACGGAGUCGGUGGUCAUUCUUGUUUCUCACGGCGCUGGCUGUAAUGCUCUGAUCGGAGCCAUUACACAUCAACCUGUCUUGACAGAUGUCAGCUUGGCAUCCCUAACAUCAGCGAUACGAAAGCCUGGCAAGGAUGAUAUAGGGAAUAGUCCAGGAACCGACCUCGUAACAGGUAUCAACGGCACGCGCGCCGACUCGCCGUCGGGGCUGGUAGCUAUUCAUCAGUGUUAUGACCUCAAACUAUUCGCAAGCACUGAACACUUGACUUCGACAAGAUCAGGGCGGUCAGGGUCUGUCACUACGCAAAAUCGAGGCCGUCUCUCGAACGCAUUCACAUCAUCUCCCUUGAGCGGGAACGAUGGUUCAGGAAGUCGGAGCUCCUCCGCAGCAGCCAGCCUAGGCAGCAUGAGGCGCGAAUCGGGGGCUUCAUCACGGUUGGCAAGCCGGCUUGGACUGAACACGAAAGGUAUAAAUAGCGGGGGCAUCACGGUCGGAAGCGGUGUGACUUCGUUUCUGAAGCAGACGCCGUCGUCGGCUACCGGAGGGCUCUGGUCCCCACUUCGUAAUACCCUGGAUACACCUGAAGAAGAUGACGAUGACGACUUCCUCCCGAAUUUCACAAGCUUCGAUAUCGUGUCGCCGAGCGCGAAAGCUGAGGAAACUGAGAGGUCAGCGGCUGAGCCCAGCACACCUAUCACAAACGGAAAUGGGACGACGAGGAACAGGGCAGACAGCCGUGUGUCACCUCGAGCAGUACCAGCACCCAAGUCUUCACACCACGAGGAGGAAGAACGUAAUGAGGUUCCUGCAUUGCCACAGCUCGGGUCAGGGACGGGUGGGCUAUGGGGCAGCCCCAAGCCCAUCGGAACAAUCGAGAUCCCGCGUGAUCUAACAUCCCCGAAGCGAAGAUGGACUGUGACUGAGAGGUGGACAUAA